AUGGCGAAUGUCAAUAUAAUUCGGGUAAGAUUGGAUUCUGUGACAAAUGAAGCAUUUGAAAUUUUGUUGAAUUUCAUGUACAAAGCGGAAUUACACGUAAAUGUGCAGAACUUGGGGGACGUCUACAUUGCUGCUCAAAAAUUAGGAAUGUAUGACGCCGUAGAAGCCUGUGCAGAGAUAUUAAAAGGGAACUGUUUUCCCGAAGUUCACUGUGUGUAUGUUUACACCAUUUCCCAAAAAUUAGACUUAAAGGACACUGAGGACAAAGCUUUAGAAGCUAUGUGUAUAAGAUUCGAGCAAAUAGUAGGAACGCCAGAAUUUUUACAGUUAGACAUUACGCAAGUCAAAAAGUAUCUCAGCUCCGACGUUCUAGCAACAAGAAGUGAAGUGAUUGUGUUUUUGGCUGCCCUAAAAUGGAUAAGCGUGGAGUUUUUAGAAAGAGAAGAAUUUGCAUGUGACGUCCUUGGCUGUGUCCGAUUUUCUACGAUGACAUUGGAAGAAAUCCUAGCUUGUUACCAUCCACCCCUGUUACCUGGAAUAAUGGAACAACCACAAAUCAAGUUCUGGCUUCUGAGAGGAACAUGGUGA